UUUCAGUUUCAGCUCGUCCGUUCAGGGGAUGCGCAUUGUCGAAGUAACUACAGCCUGUCCGAUAGGUUUUAAUUAUAAAUGAAAUCAAGUGAAUUACGUAAGCGACACACUAAAGCCAAAGCUUCGGAUCUAAGUCUUCAGCAUACCAACAUGUCGGAGUCACGCGCGAGCGACAGUGUGGGUCUACGCCGCUUCCUCACCUAUGCGCUCCUCCUUCUCAUCAUUCUAACGGUCACGUUCAACGCUCUUGCUGGAGUCGGUGUUGAUCCGUUCAACCACCGGACUGGGUCUGUCUCGGAUCGCUUCCCCACUUGCUUCACUCCUGCAGGCUACACCUUCAGCGUGUGGAGUGUCAUCUACAUCGCAUUGAUUCUGAUCGUCAUUUAUAGCAUUAGUCUUUUGUUCCGGAAAGUGGCAGACUCAGAUGAGGCAGUUUGGCGUCUGGGCGGCGCAGUGUCGCCUGCCUUCCUCAUCUUCUAUAACCUCAACCUGAUCGCGAACAUCGCCUGGCUCUUCGCCUGGGACCGACUCCUGCUCACUGGUUCUGCUGUCGGGUUACUGCUCAUCGCCUUCACAAACAUCAUCGCUCAGGCUGUCGCUUGCUACUCGUAUGCGAAGGCAGCUCCAGUUCUGUUGGAGCGCUCGAGACGAGACUUUUGGUGCGGCCUGCUGGUGGUGAACGGCUACGCCCUCUACUGCACCUGGACCUUCCUGGCCUCCCUCCUCAACCUCAGCAUCUUCCUCAUUCACGAAGUAGAAAUUGACGACGAGUUGGUCUGCACCGUGAUGCUCUCCGCCAUCCCUGCCGUGAUGCUCGUCUACGCCUUGCUCGAGGCGCUCUACUUCGUGCGCUCCCUCAACGCGCUCGUCACGCCAUUUUUCAUAUACCUGUGGGCAUCCAUUGGUAUCUACAUGAAGGAUCGCGAGGAUGACUCAGGUCCUCUAUACGAACUGAAGAUCUUCAACAUCGCGCUGGCCGCGGCGCUGUGUCUGCAGCGCGUGGUCGUCGUGUUCCUUCGUAACCGAGGCAACGCUAUCAAUCGCUUAAACGCCGCGCAUGUUUCUUCGCCGAAAAAUUAAAGGCAUUUGCUGUUAUUAAUUGCAAAUCCUGGUGCUGCGGCGGGAAAUAAACAAAGAACAAGAGAGAAAACCCUUAAGUCUUCGUGAUACUUAAUAAACAUAUCGACAAGUACAUAUAUCAUGUGGGUGCUGGGCAAUAAUGUCACUGCCCCUUUAAUAGGUAGUUAGGCUUGGUGUUUUUUGUUAGCGAAUGUAGAACAAAAGGCUGAAACUAAAAUUUCAAAUUAAAUUGGAGUGUGAACUACGUAAUGAAUUUUA